GUGGAUUGGGAAGCUCAGUUUGCCAGGAGUUUCCCAUCUCACGGGUCACAGCUCCGUGCUCAGCUCACAGGGACAGCUCAGGUGGCCUGAGCUUCAUCCCAUCCAUCCUGCUGGGGCUUGGGACUGGAAAAAGGCUUUUCCCUGAGUCAUCAACCAUGGAGGCCGUUCCCAGUUCAAGUAGCAUGCUGUGUCCGGGUUAUGCCUGCCGUAACAUCUCCACCUCCAGUGCCCUCCAGAACAGAACCCACGUCAGCUGUGAUAUCAAAGGGGAUGUUGCUGUCGUGCGCUUCAACACACCAAAUUCCAAGGUGAACACCCUGUCCAAGCAGCUGAGUGCAGAGUUCACCGACGUCAUGAAUGAGAUCUGGGCCAACGAGGCUGUGAGGAGCGCCGUGCUCAUCUCCUCCAAGCCAGGCUCUUUCAUUGCUGGAGCAGAUCUCAACAUGCUUGAAGCCUGCAAGACUGCUCAGGAAGUGACUCAGCUCUCUCAGGAUGGACAGAAGAUGCUGGAAAAGAUUGAGCACUCUCCAAAGCCCAUCGUGGCUGCCAUCAGUGGCAGCUGCCUGGGAGGAGGGCUGGAGGUUGCCAUUGCCUGUCACUACAGAGUAGCAACAAAGGACAAGAAAACAGUCCUGGGAACACCUGAAGUGUUGCUGGGUCUCCUGCCCGGAGCAGGGGGUACUCAGAGGCUGCCAAAGAUGGUGGGACUUCCUGCUGCCUUUGAUAUGAUGCUGACUGGGAGGAACAUCCGUGCGGACAGAGCCAAGAAGAUGGGGCUGGUUGACCAGCUAGUGGAACCACUAGGGCCAGGAGUGAAGACUCCAGAAGCAAGAACAAUUGAGUACCUGGAGGAGGUGGCCAUUGGUUUUGCCAGGGGACUGGCCAACAAGACUAUGUCUGCCAAGAGAUCCAGAGGGCUCAUGCAGAGGCUAACAGACUAUGCCAUGGCUCUUCCCUUCAUGAGGCAGCAAGUUUACAAGACAGUGGAGAGCAAAGUUCAAAAGCAAACCAAAGGACUCUACCCUGCUCCUCUGAAGAUCAUCGAGGUCGUAAAAACUGGUCUGGAUCAGGGGAAUGAUGCUGGAUACCUCAUUGAAUCCCAGAGCUUUGGCCAACUUGCAGUGACCAAGGAAUCCAAGGCGCUGAUGGGGCUCUACCACGGGCAGGUGCACUGCAAGAAGAACAAGUUUGGGACACCUCAGAAAGAGGUCAAGACUCUGGCUGUGCUGGGAGCAGGGCUUAUGGGAGCCGGGAUCGCCCAGGUUUCCGUGGAUAAGGGCAUCAAGACCAUUCUGAAGGACACAGCACAGAAGGGCCUGGACAGAGGCCAGCAGCAGGUCUACAAGGGGCUGAACGGCAAGGUGAAGAAGAAGAGCCUGACAUCGUUUGAGAGGGACUCCAUCCUCAGCAACCUGAUGGGCCAGCUGGACUACAAGGGCUUUGAGAAGGCAGACAUGGUCAUCGAGGCCGUGUUCGAGGACAUCAACGUCAAACACAAAGUGCUGAAGGAGGUGGAGGCCGUGAUCCCUGCUCACUGUAUCUUCGCCAGUAACACCUCUGCCCUCCCCAUCAGCCAGAUCGCUGCUGCCAGCAAGAGGCCUGAGAAGGUGAUAGGGAUGCACUACUUCUCCCCUGUUGACAAGAUGCAGCUGCUGGAAAUCAUCACCACAGACAAAACCUCCCAGGACACAGCGGCUUCUGCUGUUGCUGUUGGCCUCAAACAGGGCAAAGUUGUCAUCGUGGUGAAGGAUGGGCCUGGAUUCUACACCACCAGGUGCCUGGGGCCGAUGCUGUCCGAGGUGGUCCGAGUUCUCCAGGAGGGCAUUGACCCGAAGAAAGUGGAUGCCAUCUCCACGGCCUUCGGCUUCCCCGUGGGAGCGGCCACGCUGAUCGACGAGGUGGGCGUGGACGUGGCCACACACGUGGCCGAGGACCUGGGCAAGGCCUUUGGCGAGCGCUUCGGAGGGGGCAGCAUCGACCUCUUCAAGCUCAUGGUGCAGAAAGGCUUCUUAGGUCGCAAGGCAGGGAAGGGAUUCUAUGUCUACCAGGAGGGAGUGAAGAACAGGAGUGUGAAUUCUGGCAUGGAUGAGAUCUUGGAAAAGUUCAAGAUCCCAGCGAAUCCUGACGUCUGCUCCGACGAGGACGUCCAGAUGCGCCUGGUGACGCGGUUUGUGAACGAGGCAGCCAUGUGCCUGCAGGAGGGGAUCCUCAGCAACCCCGUGGAGGGGGACAUCGGUGCUGUGUUCGGCCUGGGCUUCCCGCCCUGCCUGGGAGGUCCCUUCAGGUUCGCGGACUCCUACGGCGCGCGGCAGCUCGUGGACAAACUGCGCAAGUACGAGGCCGUGUACGGCAGCCAGUUCACACCGUGCCAGCUCCUGCUGGACCACGCCAACAGCCCCAGCAAGAAAUUCCACCAGUGAGGUGGCCUGGUGACACCCCGACAGCUCCUCCAGCCGGGCCCCAGCUCCCCGCAACACCCCAUUCUUCGUAGGUUAAUCUCCAAAGCUCCCGGGGGAGGAAGGGAAGGGAAGAAGGAAGGAAGGAAGGAGGGGGGCAGCAGGUUGCCUCAUGGCUUGUAGUCAUUUCAAGUGCCUUAUCAGCCACUGUGUGUUGGGCACAUCCGUCCCGUGCCAGCCUGGGCCUGGGGGUCCGUGCUGGGGGAGGGAAUUCCUGCUGCCUCUGCCUCCGUGCCGUGGCCUCCAGAGCUCCCAGUCUGGCCAGUAGCAUCCAGCAACAUGGCUGGAGCCGAGGCCUUGCCUUUCCAUAAACAUCCACCAAAAUAAAGCCCUGUCUCCUGGGUUUGGA